AUGUCUUCGCCAUCAACAAUGGAUUUCACGAUUGGUGGCAUCUUUUUUCCUUUAGUCACCAUUUGUUUUAUUGGAAAUGCUCUCGGUCUUUGGGUUGCUUGGAGAACGGGUGGCCCACUUACAACAUCUUGUCGAUCGUAUCUAAUAAUUGAACAUUUGCUUCGAAUACUUAUUUGCAUAGUCUUCUACUAUGAGAUAUUUUGCAUAUUCAAUAAGGCUGCUUGUCUGGGAAUGCCUGGAUGCUCUCCAAUAUUCUAUUUUUUGAAUGUUCUCUUCAUGGGCUUGGGUGCUACUUUCAAUCACAGUAGUGCACUUGCCCGAUUUCUUUUGAGCGUCAAUCGAUUUUUGAUCAUCAAAUAUGGAGAAAAUAGCUUUUUGAACUUAGACUCAUAUGUUUUGUUUCAAAUUUUAAUAAUUGUCAUCCUUCCAAUGCCCGGCAUCGGCCUUAUCCAGUUUUUAAGCGCCUCGGAUAAAAUUUUCUAUAAUCCCAAUGCGUAUGCGCUUGUGACUUCGGGCAAUGAAUUGAGUCUUCUCUUAUAUAUUUAUGAAGGGAUUCUUGUUGUGUUAAUCGUUUGUUCACUUCCACUUGAUGUCUUCACAUAUCGAUUGAUUCGAAAGAACACCAAAAAUCAGCAAAAUAAGAGAUUCAAUUAUGCCCAACGACGACUAACUAUCAUGGUGUUGCUAAGUCAUAUCUGGACGUGUUUUCUAAUUUUGAUGCCCGGAUUUUUCAUUGUUUUCGGAAAAAAGAUAUUUGGUCCAUCGAGCAGUGUUCUCCUAAUCUUUGCAAUCAAGAAUGUCCUCCCGACUGGCUUUAUUGCGGCGAAUGGGUUAGAAAUCCCAAAA